GCUCCAUCGCGGCAUCCUCCGCUACCGCAUUCACAUCCUCCGAUUUGCGUCUUCAAUUUUUCCAUACUCAAUAAUACUUGUUCGGUCAAUAUCUGAAAUCUCAUCCGCUUCUCAAUUCUUCUUAGGGUUUCCGAACAUCUAGGAACCAAUCUGCUCCGUCGAAUCAUCACGAUGCCGCCGUUCUGGUCGAGCACGGCCUCGAAGGCGGUGGGGUCCUUACUCUCCCGCCGAAAUGGAGCCAGGAAUCAUCACCUGUACACGUCCGCCAGAAAUUCGAACCGGAUUCGGCGCCUGAGUAGCAUUGCCGGCAUAGAGACCCCGUCGGUCCGGAAAUGGACCGGCGAUGGUGUCAGCGACACGUCACGGGUUUUGGUGAAUCCUUUUUGUGAGCAGAGGAGGCGGUUUUUGGGCUGCGGCGACGGUGAAGAAGGCGGCGUGUUAUCCAAGGUUUACGAGGAGAGGCGCGUCUUGGGGUAUUCCCCCGAGCAGUUAUAUGAUGUGGUUGCUGCUGUAGACUUGUAUCAUGGUUUUGUCCCCUGGUGUCAGCGAUCAGAGAUACUUCAUACCUAUCCAGAUGGCUCAUUUGAUGCUGAGCUGGAGAUUGGUUUCAAGUUUCUUGUGGAAAGUUACGUGUCCCACGUUGAGUUAGAAAGACCAAAGCGUAUCAAGACGACUGUGUCAAAUAGUACCCUCUUUGAUCAUCUAAUAAACAUCUGGGAGUUUAGUCCUGGACCUGUUCCAGGAGCUUGCAACCUUUAUUUUUUGGUGGAUUUUAAGUUUCAGUCACCUCUUUAUAGACAGGUGGCCUCGGUGUUCUUCAAAGAGGUGGUCUCGAAGCUUGUUGGUUCAUUUAAUGACCGUUGCCGGUUGAUAUAUGGGCCAGGAGUUCAAGUUCAUGAAAACUCUUAUGGACAAAGGGUAUGAGAGUCUACAAUUUGGCCGUUUGAGAAGACCAAGUGAAUGAGCUUCUGUGGAGUGUAGUCAGACAAACCUUGAAACCAAAUUUUAGUUCGCCUUGCCUCUCGGUAGUUUUUGUUACAAUAUGCUGCCGAUAGUUGCCCUUCUCUUCUGUGGAUCAUUGUCCACUAUGGAUGCAGGGUUCCUGCUCAUUUGUUCCCGUGUACUUUGUAGAUCAAUUGAUCAACAUGUACUUGAUUGGAUGACAGUUUUAAUAUUACAUUACUAUCUCUCAUUAUUAAAAUCCUGCUGUAGGUGAGAAAUUCCAGUCAAACUCCUUGAUACAGUUCCUGUAUGAUAAAUAAUACAAGCAGCUGAUUAGCGCCAUUUGGUGUAUCAGGAAUGAUGCUCUUUAA